AUCGUCAACAUCGAAGUUGCAACAUGGGGGCCCUGACACGAGUUUGCCGUCUAUGAAAACACGUUACUUUUCUCAUACGUCUUCUCCUAGAUUCCUUCAUUGUUAAGCACUUUCCCUAUACAUAGCUAUUUUCCUUCUCUGUAUUUCAAAAAGCCCAUCAGUGUAUUAAAAGAUCUUUUAGCUCUGAUUCAUACAACCGUCCAGGAAUUUUUAUUAUUGUUCACAUAUCGAUUGCAUAUCGACCAUGGCUGAGACUGAUCGCCAGAAUAAUGAGGGAGACUCUCAAAUCAAAUACUUCAGUUUUUUUGUAAAUGUGGUUGCGAAUACAAGGAGCCGGUUGUGUAGUAUCUAUGGAUACGCGAAAGAAAAUUCAGGGCCUUUGAAAGAGGGUGUGGAUGUAGUUGAAGGAACCGUGAAGGUCGUUGUUGGACCUCUGUACCGGAAGAUCGAGGACAAGCCUUACAUGCUGCUCCAAUUUUUGGAUAGAAAGGUGGAAGAUGUUGUUGUGAAGGUAGACAGUUAUGUGCCUCCCACUGUCAAGUCAAAGACCUGUCAAAUGUAUGGAGCUGCAAAGAAGGCACCUGAAGUUGCUAGGUCAGUUGUGGCUGAUGUUCGAGAGGUGGGUGUUGUGGGAAAGGCCAAGGAGGUAGGGAAGACUGUCUAUGCCAUAUCUGAACCCAAGGCCAAGAUUUUAUAUGAUAAGUAUGAACCUGUAGCAGAGGAACUGUCUCUCAUGGCUUGGUACAAGCUGCGUCAAUUUCCUAUGGUUCCUGCAAUUGUAGAGGCUCUAUUACCACCAAGCACUUUCUGUAUUGAGAAGUACAAUUCUGGUGUGAAGUAUUUGGCUGAUGGGGAAUACCGAGUGGCCACCUAUCUUCCAUUGGUACCUGCGGAGAAGAUUAAGAACACUAUCUACAAAGGAUUGGCAAGAGAGGAAAAUGAGGGAUCAGAAGUUCCACACGUUAGUAAAGGGCAGGAAGAGGUCUCAAUUGAAGAUUGAGUGCUUUCUUGUGAUGAUCGCAAAUUCAUACAAGCUUCUUUAGUGCUUUCUUGUGAUGAUUGCAAAUUCAUACAAGCUUCUUUUGAUGUUAAGAAUUGUGCGAGAGCGUGUAAAAAAUGAAGUUGCUUGUACGCAACCGCCUUUAAGUUCAGAAGGACAAAUCUUGAAUACUAUUGUUUAUUUUUUUAAAUUUCGGCAUGUAAUUUGCAUAGAAUAAAGCGAGUUUCUUAAAGCCAAA